CGCCCGGCCCUCGGUCUCUUCUCGCUGACACACCGGGCUUGCGACCGGUUUCUUGCUGCUGCACCCGGUCGAACAGUUUCCGUCGCAGCGGGCCUCUCCCUGGCGGUCCUAUCUUGGCAUCGUUAUCGUCGGCCUUCCGCCCCGCUUGGCCUGCACAGCUGCUUGGGCAUUGCUUACCUUCCCUAGCCGGGGCCCGCUCUAGUUGCCUGGGUCUUUUCCUACCUACCCCGCCCCGGCGAACCUUUCGCUGGCUCCCCGGACCCCUUUGCUGAAGUUAUCCCAGGAGGUGGUGCGCGGGUUGUGGCCGGGCCUGGCUCCUGAUAGUCGGUGUGUGCGGUGGCAGUGCGUCCUGUCUCUCACCCCCGCGGUACCCCGCUGGGGAUUUCGCCCCUUUAUCCCUGAGCUGAGCCCUGGCUCUGUCAUGCCGGGUCCGGCUACCGGGAGCAGGGCCCGCGUGUAUGCCGAGGUAAACAGCCUGAAACCCCGCGAAUACUGGGACUACGAGUUGCACGUUCCUGAAUGGGGUAACCAGGAUGAUUACCAGUUGGUGCGAAAACUUGGCCGUGGGAAGUAUAGUGAAGUAUUUGAGGCUAUUAACAUAACGAACAAUGAGAAAACGGUUGUCAAAAUACUGAAGCCUGUGAAAAAAAAGAAAAUAAAGCGAGAAAUCAAGAUACUGGAAAACCUUCGUGGGGGUCCCAACAUUAUCAAGCUGCUGGAUGUGGUAAAGGACCCUGUGUCGAGAACUCCAGCUCUUGUUUUUGAGCACAUCGAUAACACUGAUUUCAAGCAACUGUAUCAGAUCUUGGUGGAUUAUGACAUCCGGUUCUACAUGUAUGAAAUUCUCAAGGCGUUGGAUUACUGCCACAGUAUGGGUAUUAUGCACAGAGAUGUGAAGCCACACAAUGUGAUGAUCGACCAUGCCCAGAGAAAGCUUCGGUUAAUUGACUGGGGACUGGCUGAGUUUUACCAUCCUGAACAGGAGUACAAUGUUAGAGUGGCCUCCAGAUAUUUUAAAGGUCCCGAGCUGCUAGUUGACUACCAGAUGUACGAUUACAGUCUGGACAUGUGGAGUCUGGGAUGCAUGUUGGCCAGCAUGAUAUUCCGCAAGGAGCCUUUCUUCCAUGGACAUGAUAAUUAUGAUCAGCUUGUUCGCAUCGCCAAGGUUUUAGGAACUGAUGAAUUGUUUGACUACCUCAAGAAAUACCACAUCGAACUGGAUCCUCGGUUUAAUGAUACUCUUGGCCAACAUUCUCGGAAGCGCUGGGAGCAGUUUAUUCACAGUGAGAAUAGGCACCUGGUCAGUCCGGAGGCCUUGGAUUUGUUGGAUAAACUACUUCGUUACGAUCAUCAGCAGAGACUUACAGCUAAGGAAGCAAUGGAACAUCCAUACUUCUAUCCCAUACUGAAGGAGCAUUCGGAUGGUGCUCGGAGUAACAACUCGCACGUGCCUGGUGUUUCUGCAGCUGUACGGUGAAUCCUACUGCUGUCUGCGUAGUUCAUUCUGCAAGAUGACGGAGUUACGGGAUUUACAGGGGAGACAUUGGGCAAAAGAGGAGCUAUCACAGUCUGGAAAUGUGAACUUGUGACUGCAACGACACAGGUGACCAUGGCUUACCCUAAACCCAGUGGCAACACUGUACUACAUCCAUUUAUUUUAGAUUUCCAUUUAUGUUUCAGAGAAUUACAACUUACUAGAUUUUUGGUUCUGAAAUUACAAUGUUUUUGUAUAUUUAUAUAUUAUUUUUUGUAUUGUAAUAAAAUGCCUAGAAUGUGUUCCAUUACAAAUUUUCUUGUGUUGUCCUUUUUCCUGUCUUUCUAUAAAAUAAAAAUUUGCCAAAUGCAGAUAAUAUUUCUAAGGAAAGGUAGAACAAGUUCCACAAAAUUGUAAGCUGCUCUCAAUAGUUCAACAAUUGGGGACACUGGGUGAUUUUUCGAUUUGAAAGAAAAAUAAAAGUAUUUUUUGAGAGAUCCCUCUCAAUGUCAGUUCUGUAGCAAAAUGCAAAGUUUGUCAGUGUCUCUGGGCAGCAAACUGGUCGGUAAAGGCCCUGAAGUGUCAUUUGGUUGUUAUCUGAUGCCUGAAGCUGUCCUUUUGCUCACGUCAUCACUCUUGGUCACACUUUUCCCUUAACUUGGGCCAGAGUAAUGUGCAGAUAAUCAGGGCAGAUUUCAAUGGUAAUAACAGAGAAUGUUAUCUAAAAGUACAUUGAGUAUCAUCAUAACUCCUCUGCAGAUUGCAGUCGUAAAGCAGCAGUAUGUGGCAAAUAUACAGGGUCAUAGUAUGGGUUGACGAUGGAAUCAUUGGCUGUGAGGGUGUUUCCGCUGCAGUCUAUGUCCUGGAAUAAGACUGACUAGUGUAUUUAUUCAGUGGUUCCCUGUUGGUUUCAAAAACGUCACAUUCACCAAAGUGCACAUUUUUAAAUGUAUGGGAUCCAAGAGAAAAUAAGGGCUGUGCAGGCACAAAAUUCACAAAAGCUGGAUAGUUUAGAAUUUUGUUCCAAAAUAUUUUGUUGAGACAAUCUGUUAAGAACCAUACAAAAAUAAUGCAAGCAGCUGUUGAAUGGGCUGGUGGGUGGUAAUGACAGUGUAGCAGAUAAGCUGCAGACUUGUUUCGGGUGGAUACAGGAGGUGGUCUCAAAAAAACCUUGUAGUAUAUGGAUAUGUUUUGGGGAAUAAUGUAACUUUAAAAUCUACGGGUGCAAAAACAGGUUUGGUGUACAGAGAAAAUGUAUGUGAAGUUCAAAAGAGAGCAUGAGAAUGUUUGCAAAAUGUACAGUUAAUUAUAGUAGCAUGAUAAAUUUGUCUAUUAAAGCUUUCUAUGACCUAAUGCAAAGCACUGUGUACACUUGUGUACAAUCCAAUCAAUCAAGUUACAACACUGCAUAUUUAAACCUGGCAGACAACAUUUUACUAUUUACAAAGGAGAAUGGGAAGGUUUCUGUUGAGCAAAAUCCUUCCCUUGCACGUUAAAUUAAUUUUCUUAAACUGCAUGGUGUGUGACUUUUCCAAAUUUUGUUUAACAGAUUAUUUAACAGCAAUCCCAGUUGGAAUAGAUUUGCUGCUUUUAACAGAGGCUGCAGAAAAUCACUCAACAGUAACGGAACUUGACUGCUUGCAAAUCUCGUGCUGUCACUCUAAAGGCGGUGCCCUCAGAAGUAUUUUGGGGUUUUUUUCCAAAUUGUCUGAGCAAUUGUUUUUUUUUUUCUGAGCCCAUUUGCUACAAUGUAGUGCAUGGAGUAGAGCAAAAGUGUGCUUGAUUUUAACUGUGUACCAGUUGACCGAGUUAUUUGUGUGGGGUUGGUGCGAUGAUGUGAUGUUCCAGUAUAUGGCACCUUCCAUCCCGAAAUCCAAGUUAACAAAAUCAUUAAUACAUGGGAGGUAUUGGCAUUUAUACACACGUGUGUUUGGAUAUUACAAAUACUGUAACCUUUUUUAAUUCAGAAUAAAAAAUUGAUGAGCAAAUGUAAA